GAUUGUCAUGACAGGUUGUGAGGCGAUUUGCCAAAGAUGGCCGGUAUGGUUACGCUGUCCGUGCACAACUCCAGGGAGAAUUGAGUGCACAGACGCAUGCCAACUGACUUUUCGAGCUGAGAGGGUUUGGCAGUCCGGCAAACGGCGAAGAGAACGCAAGCUGGUGGAUGCAUUGCCAGAACGGAGAAGUUCACAUGCUGCUCAGCAUGAAUAAUCAUAAUCUCAAAGCGAGUUUUGCGCAUCGGGUGUCGCGAAAAACCUUAAACACGCUUCGCAACAGCGCCUGCUCAAAUCCUAAGUUGUAGACUCUACUGCGCCAUGCCCUGCUCACUCUUGAGUGUCGCUGUUUUCGGCGGGCUCUGCGCGGCCGCGUUGAGCCCGCUGCACCUUUACAGCUUCCAGGCUGAUCCAGUUGUGGAAGCAGUCUUCGAGGCAACAUCCUCGCCGGUCGUCCUGAGUGGGCGGAGCCCCUCAGAGUGUGACGAAUCUCUGGACUUCACCGGGGCAAAUGCCUCGUCCGUGGCUCUUGCCAUCUUUCCCAAAGGGGGGCAACCCUGCUGGACCACAAAGGACGCGAGGUACAGCCACAGCGACUUUCCCAUCGUUCUUGGAGUGGUUCGGAUCGGCGAGCAGAGCUUGGACGCGUUCGAGAUACAGCCGCCACAGUCACAGGCCUCGGCAUUUGCGGCCAGCGGGCAGCAGGUGUAUGUUCUGCUACCAGGUGACGCCUUGGAGUACAAGCUGUAUCGCUUGAAGGAGGCUCUGCUGAUCCCACAUGUGACUGUGCAGGCUGGCAACAUGCAAGGCUUCGUGCCGACUGGAGUGCACGUAGAGGAGCUCUCCAUGGCAGAGGUCUACGUCGUGGUGCGAGCAGACCAGCCGCCGCCAGGCCCGACUCGGAGGACGAUGUCGGGCCACGGUCUGACGGAGUGUGAGGCCGGAUCCUCCGCAGCCUUGCUCGAGGCCAACACCUUUGGCGACAUUGCCCUUGUCACCAUGAAGCGAAUCUCGGACGGCAAGUGCUGGAACUCGGGGGAGUACGCGAACAGUGACUUCGUCCUCGAGAGCGGUCGGGUGACCGGCUCCGACGGCGUCGUGCUGGAUGCGUUCCGAGUCUCGCCCCCCAGCAAGACGGCAACCGCCUUCGUCGCAAGCCAUAUCAACCUCUACGUCAGGCAGGCGACGCAGGAUAUCACGAUUUGGGCUCUUCAGGCAAGCGGCCUCCACCCGCUGGACACCGUCAAGGUUGAGGCUGGCAACCACAGCAAGACCAACGUUCGGGUUGACGACUUGGCAGUUCGGGUCGACGGCUUGGCGGGCCCCCUGAUUGUCAUCCUCCAGCCAAGCAGUGCUCACAUUACCACUUGGCCAGAAGAGGCAUUGAAUGUUGAGGCAGCGUGGCUCGACGGGGAUGGCAGCUAUAGCCUCACUGCCCGGAGGUUCCGUGUUGAGGGACAGCCCUUCGUGCCUUUGAGGCAGUGGGCUCAUGGCCCAAGCUCCUCCAACUGCCUCUAUGGAGACUACAAGCGCUUCUUUCCGGUCAAGGACGCAGCUCGCGAGGGCAUCGUCUGGCAGGACUUUGACAGCAACUCUGUCAAGCUGACUUGGCUAGCGGCGGACCUUCUGUCAUCGCAGACCAUUUCUCUGACUGCGCUUUCAUCAACGGCGAUUCUUGUAGGCGCAGUUGGCGAUGGUCUUGGCACCAUUGUCCUGCUGCUGGGCAGUAACGAAGAACCUGCCGACCAGAAGGCCAACGCCCCUGGAGAGCUUGUGAAGUUCGAUUCGGCCGGCAGCGAGCUGCAAAGAGUGCCUUUCCCCAGCCAAGAUCUGGGCCUUUGGUCCUUCUUUCAGUCCGGGGCUUCCCUUGCGUGGCAUGUAAGCUCAGGCACCAUCGCCAUGUCGGUUGCGAUGCAGUGGGUUGAUGGUGGCGACGGCGUGAACCACCAAGGAACCACCAACAUCAUCUUCAAUGCAACAACUUUGCAGAAAGUCCGGACCUCUGCGGCAGCCAGCCAUUCCUGGGCCAACUCUUUGCAUGUCUCAGAGAAGGAGGACUUCUACUUGGGCAUGGACUUGGGCGACGCCUAUCCACGGGGCAUCCAAGUGUGGGAGCUCGAGGCCAGCUCGUCGGGCAAGCAGCACAGGGUGGUCUAUCGCAACAAGAUCCUUCAUCGCAGCAGUGACACAACGCUGUCAGGCAAAGUUGUCCCAGUCUACGAGGAGAUUUCCACGGCAACGCAGACCUUCUACCAGUGGAGCAAGAACGACAAUGCGGUCUACACCGAGUUGGCCCACCCUGGGCUGCACGAGCUUGAUGACGCAGUUCUCGUGUUCUUUGCCGGGGAGGCGCCGCCCCUCGACGGCUCGGCGGUGGGGAAGUUGCUGAAUGUUGCUCGAAAUGUGGGCUUCGUGAAGAUCCCACGGGAUUUGAGCAACAGCUCGGUGCUCUCGCCUGGAGAAAAUGAAGACGGCGGAUACUACUCUGAAGAAGGCAUUUGGCAAGCACGGAGUAACCGCGGAGUCAGUUUUCUCACCUCCAAGGCGGAUCUGGCAGAGUCCGUGAGUCGCUUGAAGACUGCGGACCUCGGUGGAUCGAUUUUGCUCCUUUGGGAGGUUUGGUCCGACGUCCAUCAGAGGAAUGAGUUCAUGAUUGUGAACGCGCAGGGCGAACCAGAACUUGCCGAGGCCGCCCUGGCCUUCCCAUUCAACCUGCCAUUCGCUGACGACUUGCUCAUCGUCAACGGCAAAGCCGUCGCUUACGUUGGGGAUCCUGCGAAUUGGUUGGUUCGCUUCGAGUUUUGCUACCAGGACUGCGACCCGCCCAGGUCGAGUGGCAGCUCGACUAGUAGUGACGGCGGUUCCACCACCCUGGCAGCUGAGGCAUCAUUCUCCACACGUGAAGCCGGAGGUCUGAAAGUUUUGUUGUUUGCGCUCGCUGGAGGGCUGUCCGGCUCGUACUUUGCUUGACAGCUGUGCCUGGAGUGGUGUUGGUACCAAAAUGUACCGAACUUGAAUAUCCGCUCCGUGCACAAGGUAGAAGGACUGGGGCCAACCCUAGCGUUAUUGGAAUGGGGCGGCAAAGAAAGUCUGUCUUGGCCCCGUCACGUGACUUCGGGCAGGAGGGUGCCGGGUCCAGUGUGUUUCACGAUUGACUUUUGGUUUGCACUGGCGCUUUGGGCUUGCUGCGCAGAC